AUGAAACUCUCUGCAUCAGUCCGCGCUUUCGCGCAAAUUGCAGCAAUUCAUUUGACACUUGCAGCCGCCACCGCUUCCCGUUUAAACGGGCGACUAGAGGGCGGUGCUGCGGUUGUCAAGGUAGACAUCACCAACAUCGACCUCCUCUUCUACCAAGUGGACGUUGAGGUUGGCUCGAACCGGGACAAGGUGUCGCUCAGGUUGGACACCAGCACGGCGGAUACGUUUGUCCCCUCGUGGGAGACCUCCUGUGAUAUUGCGUAUGACCCUCUAAAGGUGGAUUUGAUCUACAACACCAACAACAGCUGUACCGCUUACGGGGCCUUCUACUGGCCCGGAUCUUCUUCGUUCCUCCAGGACGACAGCAUGAAGUUCAAUUGGGACAGUGGGAACGGGAUCUGGGGGUCCGACGUGGUGACAGUCGCAGGAGUGUCCAUCAAGGGGUUGUCCUUUGGGGUGCUGCAAUUCACAGAAGCUCCACAGGGGAUCUUUGGCAUUGGUCAUCCACAGAGAGAGCUAUUAUACCUCCGGAAUAAAACCGUCUACGAGAACUUCCCCGCCAGGUUGAAGAGCCAGGGACUGAUUGCCAAAGUGGCUUAUCUGAUUUUCCUCAAUGCAACAGGAAAUGGCAGCACAGGCUCGAUCUUAUUCGGUGGUGUUGACCAUGCCAAGUAUGAGGGGAUCCUUGCGACGGUCCCUGUGGUGGAGUAUGUGUCGUAUAGCUUGAACACUUACGAGGAUAAGUCGAGGUUCAUCGUGGUGGUGCAUGAUAUUUACAUUGGCUGGAGAUCUCAUAGUGCGGAGACGGAGGGCGCAGGCCAGGAUUCGGGCUCCUCCUACUACGACGUGACCCGGUCCACCCCGUACCCCGUCCUUCUCGAUGCCGGGUCUCCGCUAUCCUACUUCACCUCUGAAGUGCUCACGUCCUUCAGCAGUGCUCUUGGAGCCACGUGGAACAGCACGAUCCUGCAGUACAACGUUCCUUGUGCUCUCACUUCCAACUUGACCAUUGUAUUCAACUUCAGUGGCAAGACCAUUGACGUCCCGUACACAAACUUUGUGUAUGCCUUUGAUGGGACGUGUGUCUUGGGGGUGCUCCAAACGCCACCCGGGGCCGGAAACCACCUCACCUUGGGCCAGAACUUCUUGAGAAGUGUCUACGCGGUAUUUGAUUUGGAAGACGAUACCAUUUCCAUUGCCCGGGCCAAGUACACUAACGAGGAGGACAUCGAGGCAAUAUCAGGUACCAUCCCCAGUGCCACUCAGGCAGACUUGUACUCCUCCUCAUCGUACCAGACUUCCUUUAUGGAGUUCUCGGCCACCUCUACCUUCACGCACAACCUGGACCCGACAUUCAAUCCGGCCACGCGAAGGAUAAACGCCACCAUGACAGCAACCAGCUCUACCAGAACUGUUGCCUCUAGCACCUCCAAGAAGGAUGGUGCCGUCCUGUCGAACGGACCCGGUCUGCUAGCGAUGGCCGUCCUCCUUCUUGCUGCGAAUUGGGCUCUAUAA